AUGGAGAAUGAAAGUGAUUACCAAAACUGGGGUAUUUCCAAGGAACUUGAGGCCGUCUCAACGCCACUGACCCCAACGCCUCUGCUUCCUUCGGCGCAUCUCCUUUCCUCUGUGUGUAUCGAGACUACCAGAGAACGUCUUGCACUUUUGCACAGUAUCAUUCAGCGUUCACUGGAGCACGCGGAGAUUCCAAGCCCACCGACGAAUAAGGUGCAUGUAACUUUUCCUACUCCCGAUUGUCAAGGAUCCUCAGCGUCGACGACGGGAGAAACUGCCCACCUCAACUCCAUGGAACAGCUUGUGCUGGCCCAGUUUGAGAGCCUGGGUCGAACUGACAUUUUACUGGGACAGUCGGAGUCGUACGCUGCAGCACGAGAAAGGUGGUAUAGGGAUAUGAUGCUGAUGAAGAUUCAGAUUUGGGGGGCGCAUGCCUUUUCUUCGUUUGACAACAUCUCUUUAACAGGGGAAUUGACGAACUGUGAAACAUUCCACUGUAAUACAAAGAGUGUGGUUGCGAAGGUGUCCUAUGCAGGUGUGGAUGCUGCUACCAUGACUGUACCUUCUUUUUCCGUCAGGGAAGCCUUGAUGAGUCUAUUGUGGCAGGAAAACAAUGAGCGUCAGACCUUGUUACUGGAAGAAAUAUCGGAGUUUAAUGCUCUUAUUCUGGGCAUUGGUUCGGCUGGGCACUAUUUGGUGUUUUCUAAAAGGCGGGACGAGUUGGUGGGGAACUUGAGGAGGGUGCUGUUGCAGCCAAGCAUCAGACCAAUGACAUUGCGCAACUUCUCGUUCGGUGCGAGGCUGAAGAAGUCGCAGAGGCGGAAGUAG